CUGCCUGCAGCCUCGUUGCCUGGCUGGAAACCCCGCGAAGCUUUUCUCUUUGGGCCUGGCUGGGGAGCAUCGCGGCUGCAGCGCGGAGACUCAGCCCCUUUUGGAGGCGCCUCUUCCUUCCGCAGUAAUGGCGAAAACAUAUACAAACACCUUUCCUCUCACUAUGACUUCUUCUGAAAAGCAAGAGACUAUCUGUAUUUUUGGAACAGGGGAUUUUGGAAGAUCACUGGGAUACAAAAUGCUUCAGUGUGGUUAUUCUGUUGUUUUUGGAAGUCGAAACCCUCAGAUGUCCAGCCUGCUGCCUAGUGGUGCGGAGGUAUUGAGCUAUUCUGAAGCAGCUCAAAAGUCUGAUGUGGUAAUUCUAACAAUCCAUAGAGAACAUUAUGGUUUUCUCACAGAACUAACUGAAGUCCUCAAAGAGAAGGUUUUGGUAGAUGUCAGCAACAACCUCAAGAUUAAUCAGUAUCCAGAAUCUAAUGCAGAGUACCUUGCACAGUUGGUGCCAGGAGCCCAUGUAGUAAAAGCAUUUAACACUAUCUCAGCCUGGGCUCUCCAGUCAGGAGCGAUGGAUGCGAGUCGGCAGGUUUUUGUCUGUGGAAAUGAUGGCAAAGCCAAACAAAGAGUGGUGGAUAUUGUUCGCACUCUUGGACUGACUCCAUUGGAUCAAGGAUCUCUCCUAGCAGCCAAUGAAAUUGAAAACUACCCCCUGCAACUCUUUCCAAUGUGGAGGUUGCCCUUCUAUUUGUCUGCUGCACUAGGUCUCUUCUUCUUUUCCUACUGUGUUCUAAGAGAUGUAAUCUAUCCUUACAUCAAUGAAAAGCAAGAUAGUACAUUUCGCCUGGCUAUUUCCAUUCCAAAUCGAGUCUUUCCAAUAACUGCCCUUAUCUUGCUGGCUUUGGUUUACUUCCCUGGUGUUAUUGCUGCCAUAUUGCAACUCUACAGAGGGACAAAAUACCGCCGGUUCCCAGCCUGGCUUGACCACUGGAUGCUUUGCAGAAAGCAGCUUGGCUUGGUAGCUCUCGGAUUUGCCUUCCUGCAUGUCAUCUACACACUUGUGAUUCCUAUUCGCUAUUAUGUUCGAUGGAGAUUGAGGAACAUCACCAUUGCCCAGAUCGUGGACAAGAAAGAGAAUCCAUUCAGUGCCUCCUCAGCCUGGCUGAGCGACUCCUAUGUGUCUCUGGGAAUCCUGGGAUUUUUCCUGUUUGUUCUCUUGGGCAUCACUUCCUUGCCAUCAGUUAGCAACACAGUCAACUGGAGGGAGUUCCGAUUCGUCCAGUCCAAACUGGGUUAUUUGACCCUGAUCUUAUGCACAGCCCAUACUCUGGUGUAUGGCGGGAAGAGAUUCCUGAGCCCUUCAAGUCUGAGAUGGGGUCUUCCUUCAGCCUACGUGUUAGCUCUCAUCAUCCCUUGCACAGUGCUGGUUAUCAAGUUUAUACUCAUCAUGCCAUGCAUAGAUAAGACCCUUACUCGGAUCCGCCAAGGCUGGGAAAGAAACUACAAAUACUCAAAAUCAGCACUGAAUGGAAGAUCCGACAUUUAAAGCAAAGUUGAGCUUUUUCCCUCACCAUGCUCUGAGGUGUUAGGAAAUGUUGCCUGAUGUGGAGAACCUGAUGUGUUGAGAAGCAACACUUACUUUAUUUCAGGUUUGUGAUGAAUCAGACCAGGUCUGGAGGCAUGAAGCCGAGAUUGAGAUUAGCAUAGUGGUUCCACAUUAAGAAGUUUCUUGAGUGUCUGAGUGUCGGCAGCAUGAACAAUGUUAGAUCUUACAAACUCCAGAAGAAGAAAAAAAAGUGUAUCUCCCUUCUAUACGUCCAAGGCAGAGAUAAGUGAAAGAGAAAACAGUGAUGAAGGUUUUGCUAUAGGCGUGUGUCUGAAGAAGCAGCCUAAAUGAAGCACAAAGAAUGUAAUUUGUUUCUAUCUUUCUUUUCCAAAAAUAACAGUGAUCAUAAAUAUUGCCAUAGUGAUUUUAUUCUACUUUGUUUGUUAACAGAUUUGGUGGUGGUGGUGGUGGUGGGAUGUUUCUCUUGCUUGCUUGCUUCUUCUAAAGCUCAAACGCAAACCCAGGGCUUCAUGCAUGGUAGGCAAACGAUCACUGAACUAUAUCCCCCCUCACCCCAUAUCCCCUAUGAAUCAGACUAUUUUAUGACACAACAAAAUGAUCACCAUCCAAUCGGAAGCAGCCAUGCCUUGAGUAUACACAAAACUGCAGUUGUAGUAAGUCUUCCUCUACAAAAAGUAGGUAGAGGAAAAAUUGAAAAAGAAUAGAAAUAUAUUCAUUUGGAUUUUUUAAUGUGUAAGCAAAGAAGGGUUAAUAGAUGCUCUUGCACAUAAAAAAACUCGCAAGCUAGAAUUUUAGUUAAGAAAUAAAUACUAUAAAGUUUCAUUAUAUUAUGUCUAGCAUCAUGAGGAUAUUAUGGUAGAUUUUAUAAAUUAUAUAUAUAUUCUGAAUAUCGCUCAAUAUUGGUCAUUUAUGAAUUUUAAUUUCUAGUCUGUUAUAAUUUUUAAGCAGUCAAAUUAGAUGAAUUAUGUGGUGUGAAUUUGAACAGUGCAGAGAUGAGCAAGAACUGUG